GCAGGUUGCCAUGCAGCAGCUGAGCUUUUCGCGCAGCGCUCCCGCAGACGCUGCGCAGUGGCGAGAGCCGCAGCCGGAGAAACCCGUCCUUGGCUCCACAUUCCGCUCCCAAACGUGCACAACCUCCACGACGCAAGUCAUCCAACCCUCCACCGCGCAAGCGCGCUGCGCCACGUCCAAACUGGAAUGACGACGUCAAGCAAGGCGUGUAUUUUGAUCAAGCUUUGACCAAGACAAUGUUGUUCAAUGCGCCAAAAAAGUCCCGUGACAUGAUGGAGCAGUCACCAAUGCCCACUAAGCCACAACGCCGAGUCGCCGCGUCAACAUAUACGCCAAAGGCACAGAGCCCCACCGCGCGAGCAAGGACUAAAGCUGUGUCACUCGUACCCUCGCGAACGCCACGUUCGGGGUUGGCGCCGCGCAUUUCUGUCAAGCCCACCAUCGUCGCAGCAAAGAAGGUCAACUCCACCUCCUCAGCGGCAGCCACUUCUCGUCCUAACUCCGCUUCAAGCGCAUCCCCUUCCCAAACACAGCCCGCACCAAGCUCAUCAACGCGCCAUUCCACUUCAACACCAUUGGCAUCGUUAAGCUUUGCCUUGCAAGAAAACAAACCGCAGCCUCCAUCGUCCCCACUUGUUCGGAGCGCGAACCAGGAAGACAAAGAUGACCACGUGGCGUUUCCGUCGUUCCCGCCGCCUCCCAACUUUCAGCAAUUGCCGGCUCGGGACCCGCCCGGUUUCAACGUUCAUUUAGUCGAGAGUACGUUUCGCGUGAUCGAUAUCAAGCGAAGAGGCAAGCUCAAUGUCCGGGAGAUUCAUCAAGGCUUGCAGCUCUUGGGCAUCGCGACGACGUUGCGGCAGAUCACCGACUACUUGUACCUCGUCACCGACGGACAAGGGGACACAAUUGACCUUCAAGACUGGACGACACUUGUUCAAACGCUGCAGUCGUCUGCGUGGGCCACACCGUCAUUCUCUCUGGACUACGCGCCCACCGCCCUGGCGCCGACGGACCCAGCCCCAACAAUGCCAUCCCAGCCGGCAUUCCCACCAACUGCCCAACCUCGUGGAAUGACCGCACGUUCCCUGAAUCACGUGGAGAUUGAGACUGUCGCAACGCAAUGCUCUCCUGUCCAUUCAACCGCUGCAUCACCCCAAGCACCUCCCCGACCAUUCAAUGGUCCAGCCACAACUCCGUCGUCGCCAUGGCAUGAAACCUGGUUCAUCGAUCAGAUCGAGCGCCGCAUCCAAGAGUUGUUUGGGCGAGCAGAAGCAGCCGUGGCACUUCGAUGGAACAACCAGCAAGUCGAUGGCGACCCCCCGCGAGACUUUCUUCGGCGGGCAGCCUCCGUAGUUCAUGGACUCAAAUCUAGCUUGUACCCCUUGGUCCAACAAGCGGAGGAAACGCUCCGUGCGAUUCAAGACCGGCACGCUGGCAACCUGUCUGUGCUUUUAUCGCCAAAGGACUUGGAGAUUGUGGCCGACCACGUCGACGACUUUGGCGAUUUGCUCUUGGACGAGGUCCUCCUCGAUGCAGCGAUCGAGCUGACAACCACCGAGCAGCUGAAGGCCCUGCACGCCACACAAGCCUCGCACGACGAGGACGUGCAACAACUCAUCACCAUGAUCGACGACAUUCAAGCGUCAGAGCAAGCCAUGGCGGAGGCUCUGCUGAGGCCUUUGACAACGAUACAGGACGACGGUGAUGCCCGCGUCGCCACGACGCCCUGUCUUGUGCCCAUAUGCACUCUGCCGCAGCUUUCAGAACCUCAAGCCCAGUGCGAAAACGUGGCCAGUCGUCCAGCGCUUGCCAUUUUCACAGACGAAGCCCAGCUUUGUCGACGCCUUACCGUUUGUACGAACAACAUCGCCACGAUCGAAGAGACACUGGAAGACCAUCGACAGGCUUUUCUGCGGUCCCGUCGCAUCGCGGAAGCAUCGUUAGCUGACACGGGCAUCGAGCAGCCGGCGGUCAUUGAACUGUUGGAAGGCAUGUUGGUGGACGAUCUCGUGGACGCUCUGGCCGUCGAGCUGGAUUCGUGCUUUUACACUUUGAGCGACAAAAUUGUGCACACGGUGUAAGCCAAACACAUCAAGACGGUCACAAGGGCCAUGGGUUACAGAGUUUUCGACACAGUCUCUGCUUCGCAUACGCGAGGCCAGUUGAGCUACAACGGGACCACUCGCCACAGCCGCACGUUCGCGUCGUCGCCCGCAGAGACCAAGAGCGUUGGGUCCGUCGGGCACCACCGGACGCAAUUGACAUCGCCUACGACAGCAAACCAGAAAGUUACGCGUCCUCUCCAUGCAUCUCUCAUUCGAGUAGCUGGGGAGAUACCUGCGUGUGCGCGCACUUGCUGGAAUGCGAGCUCAAACUUGCCCGACGUUCCGUUGACCUGGAACAACCGUAUCCCGUCGUCGCCGCAUCCCGUCGCCAACACAUUGGUCGUGGGAUUCCAGUGGAUGCUGAAGACUGCGCGGGGAUGGUACCCGACGAGCGCAUCGACCUUGGACCAUUCUGUUGGCCUACAUACACUUUUGCAGUCAGAUACCAUGCUCGGGCUCCGCAGAUGCGUGGCGAGCUUGCGCAUCGAAAGGCUCAAGACCGUACCGGCCUUCAGCCG